AUGCUGUUGGAAAGGACGUAUGGGACUACAUUCGUGCUUCGUCUUUGGGGUAGACCAGCUCGGUUCUCUCUAUUGGAAUUUGAAAAAAUAACUAGUUUGAAUUGUGCACCUUUUCCUAAGAGUGAGGAUCCUGUGGGAACAAACGUGCAUAACGACUUAUGGGAGAAGAUGAAAGUUGAUACAAGAAAGAGCCCAAGCAAGAAGAAAUUGCAACAAGUGUGCCAUGAUGUUGCUAGUUGGUCAAGAGAAGACAAAAUUCGUUUUGCUUAUUUGUCCAUCUUAGCAACUAUCAUCCUAGGUUGCGAUGAAAAGGUGAAAAUUCCUUUCUCACUAGCUUGUAUGGUUUUUGAUUUGCCUAAGUUUGAGAUGUACCCGUGGGGUAGACUGGCUUUCAAGAAGCUAAUCAAAUCCGUGAGGGACGCUGACAUAARGGCAGAUUCGUACACAAUACAUGGGUUUAUACAAACGCUUCAAAUAUGGUUGUACAGUGUUGUUCCAAGUCUCGGAUCACAGAUUYGUCAUCCAUCUAAUUCUYYGAGUCUUCUGCUUCUGAAGUUCAGUGGUGGUCAAGUGAAAAUUAACAUCAAUAUCAAUGUUAUUAUAGCUAAUGAUCAAGAUAAAAUUGAGCAUGUUGUCAUCGACGAGAAAGUAGUCACAGUUUGGGAUGUUGAAGAUGGUGAAGGGAAUGAUAAGGAGAUUGACACUCUUAUGGAAGCUAUAUGCAAAGAAGGAGGUUUGGGAACCYUUACUUGGCUAGAAAAAGGUUCAAAAACCAUAGAAAUGAUUAGACYAGAGGAAGUGGAUGUUAAUGGAGGUGAUAAGUCUGAAGUGGAGAAAGGAGAUGGUGAUAUCCAAAAGACUUCACUAAAAAGUCAAAAAGAAUUGAAAACAAAGGGGAAGAAACAAGCGAGUAGUGUUGCAUUGGUUCUUGCUCGAAUGGAAGAUCAGCUAAAGAGCUUUGAAGUGAUGCAAUCGAAGUUGGAUUUUUUGGAGAAAGAAGUUAAGCUAUUAAGAACGGAUCCAAUGAGACAAAUACCAAAGGAUUUUAACCCAUACCAGCUGAAAGACGAAGAUAUACCUUUAGAGGAUCUUUUGGCUCAUUUAAAUGCCAUAAAAAAACAAGCCCUUGAAUCAGAUGAAGAGAGCACAGUAGAUGGAAGACCGUUGCCGAACGUUCUCAAUGAACUGCUGCAACAAUCUUAG